AUGGCGAAGUGGAAUGUAUGGAGCAGACCACUGGCUCUUUCCCUCUCCCCAGUCAAUGGACUGACUCCUGUUAGAGCGUGUCACAGCGACAAUGCGGCGAUGGCCAGGUCGUCUUCAUACCCAGACGGUGUCUCCAAUGUGAGGCCUUUCAAUGAGAUGCCCGGGCUCUGGAAGAGCAGCAUCGCCAACCUGUACAACUUCUGGAAACAGGAUGGCUUCCAGAACAUUCACCGCAUCAUGCUGCACAAUUUUAACACAUUUGGGCCCAUCUACAGGGAGAAAAUUGGCUACUAUGAGAGUGUAAACAUAAUCAGGCCAGAGGACGCGGCGAUCCUGUUUAAGGCAGAGGGACAAUAUCCCAGGAGACUUCGAGUGGAAGCUUGGACGUCGUACAGGGACUACAGGAACCGCAAAUACGGAGUUCUGCUCAAAGAGGGGGAAGACUGGAAAUCCAACAGGGUCAUUCUGAACAGGGAAGUGAUUUCUCCGAAGGUCCUGGGGAAUUUCGUGCCUCUGCUGGAUGAGGUGGGCGAGGACUUUGUUGCUCGUGUGCAUAAGAAGAUUGAGCGGAGCGGACAGAACAAAUGGACCACAGAUCUGUCCCAGGAACUCUUCAAAUAUGCUCUGGAAUCUGUGGGCAGUGUGUUGUACGGUGAGAGGUUUGGGCUGUUGUUGGACUACAUUGACCCAGAGGCUCAGAACUUCAUUGACUGCAUCUCCCUCAUGUUUAAGACCACCUCCCCCAUGCUAUACAUACCCCCAGCCCUCCUCCGCCGUCUGGGGGCCAAAGUGUGGAAGGACCAUGUGGGAGCCUGGGAUGGCAUCUUCAACCAGGCUGACCGCUGCAUCCAGAACAUCUACAGACAGCUGAGGAGGGACUCUGGGGCCCGGGAUAAAUACCCCGGUGUUCUGGCCAGUCUGCUGAUGCUGGACCGCCUGUCCAUUGAGGACAUUAAAGCUAGCGUCACCGAGCUGAUGGCCGGAGGGGUGGACACGACGUCCAUCACCUUGCUGUGGACCCUGUAUGAACUGGCACGACACCCAGCCCUGCAGGAGGAGCUGAGAGCAGAGAUCACUGCAGCGCGGGCCGCCUCCCGGGGAGAUAUGGUAGAAAUGCUGAAAAUGGUGCCGCUCGUCAAAGGAGCCCUGAAGGAAACUCUCAGGUUACAUCCUGUAGCAGUCAGCCUGCAAAGAUACAUCACUGAGGACAUCAUCAUUCAAAAUUACCAUAUUCCAUCUGGGACCUUAGUCCAGUUAGGACUGUAUGCCAUGGGCAGGGACCACCGGAUCUUUCCCAGGCCAGAGCAGUACCUCCCCUCUCGCUGGCUGAGGUCCGAGAAUCAUUACUUUAAGAGCCUGGGCUUUGGAUUUGGACCACGCCAGUGCCUAGGCCGCAGGAUUGCUGAAACGGAGAUGCAACUCUUCCUCAUCCAUAUGUUGGAGAACUUCAGGUUUGAGAAGCAGAGACAGGUGGAAGUGAGAAGCACGUUUGAACUCAUCUUGUUACCUGAGAAACCCAUCAUGUUGACCAUAAAGCCACUACACAGCAGCUAA